AGAGCCGCUCACAAAGAGACAAAAGUGAGAAAGGUUUUUGCGGUUUAUUUAGAAGUAAAUUCGCUGUGUCCUCUAAAGUGAUGUAUCGAAAUGAAAAGCAGGAAAUAUUACUCUCAACGUUGUUGAAGUGUGUUUGAGGAUUAAUAUGUUCUGAGUCUAAAAACGAUCCAGUCUUUGUGUUAAACCGAAACGUUGGAGCAACAAACAUGGCUUCACAAGAGGGCAGUAAAAUCAUGGUAUUUCGUCCGACUCUCGAAGAGUUUGCAAACUUUUCUAUUUAUAUUCGAAAAAUGGAAGAAAUGGGAGCUCAUCGGGCCGGUGUAGCUAAGGUUAGUUCGGAAAAAAUUGGUCAGAUUUGUUUUGUUUUGUGUUUAUAUGCAGUGUUUUCGCACCGCACGUGGUGUAAAUUUCACAUCAGGGACAGUUUAUCGGUAUUUAAGAAUACUUUCCUUUCCAGGUCAUACCUCCAAAAGAAUGGAUUCCACGAAGGAGCUAUGAAGACGUAGAUAUCACAAUUCCUGCGCCUAUACUUCAAGUUGUUACUGGAACUCAAGGUAAGCGGACAGAGUUAAGAUUAAAUGGCAAAAGAAAACGUUUAAAAAGACCUCGAAAGCUACAAGUUGUGAAAAUCAACCUUCAGCAGCAACAGCAUAACUAAGCUUAUAUACGGGAAAGUGCUUGGUUCAAAGUGGGAAAAAGUAGGAAUGUUUCGUGACCUUUCAUUAGCUGAUAUUAAGUGAAAAUUAAGCUGAACUAUAUUUUUUGACACGCAUAUAUAUUAGAACAUUUCCUAAUUUGCUAUGAGACCAAGCUACAAGUGUACACUGCUUGCAUUUAGAGCUAGAAACGCGAAGGACUAUUCUGAGAUCAAACGUUGUAAUGAGGGUGACUUUAUAAGUUAGAUUUAAAGGCACUUAGGUGGCAGCUGUUAAACUAAGAGUAUACAAAAUGCUCAUUGGAGCGUGUUGAAAACAAUAACAAAUUCAAAAGCAGUUUUCAUCACGUUAUAAGCUAAACAUAAGCCUAUGCAUUAAAUUAAGGUAAAGAGCUUUGUAGCUUCGUUGUUAUUGUUUGCAAUUAUUUGAUGCAAGUUUUCAAGUCCAGACACGUACGAGCUCGCCUUAAAACAAAAAAAUUGUUUUUUAAAACACAAGCUCUAUUCAUCGUACUACCAUCUCGUGGGUGUAUUUCCGUUUAAUCUCACCUUGUAACUCAUUUAAUUACCAAGUCAUCGGAAAUGAUAAAACCUUAAGUCCCUUUCCCAUGAAAAAUCAUCCUUCUAAUUGGGAAAGUAAUAACCAUUUCUGCCAAUUCUUUGGCCACGCAUCAUAAUUGGUGUUCGACAACCGAUUUCAGUGGGAUUUUCAAAGUCACUAGUAAAUUAUUGUUCAUUUUAAUCACUAGUGAGGGAAAUUUGGGCAGGUGGGUUACCCACACCUUUUCCGGGUUUUAGUAGUCAAAGGUGUCACUGUUCAGUUUAUAGAACAGCUAGUUUUUUGUCCAUUGAAAUAAUAAAAUCCUUUAAAUACAACAUCCUUGAGUGAUGAGAAUUGCUAGCUUAAGUGUAUUUGAAACUCUGGUCAAGAAGCAAAGUUAAAGCCAGUCGGCGACUUCUCUUCACUUUCUAAGAUCUGAUUUAAUGAAACAUUUUUUGUCUAUUUAGGGCAUAGGAAUGACAUAAGCUCUUAUUGAUAAACUAUGCAUAACAGAGAAAAGAAGUGGUGGUAUCACAAAAGCUAAAUCUGUCAAAUUAUGGGAAUGGUUGGCAUUUUCUGAAAGAACAAGAUGAAAAAUGUUCACUUUCUAAAAAUCAGCCUGUUGGUGUAAAUUGGUGGGGAGAUAUAAGCAAUGUUAUUCUCCAGUGACUCCAUAUAAACUAUCCUUCUAAAAUUAGCCUGGACCGUAAAUGUUACACUUGUCCAUCCUUUUUGUUGUUUGAAGAGUUAGUAUAAGAACCAACCCCAGACCCAGAUCUAGGAUAAAUACUGACUGAUUUCCUAAACAAGCGCCAAAGGUGCAAGCUUCUAGGCGAUCCGGGGGUAUGCUCCACCAAGAAAUUAUUUGGAUUUUAACUCCCCAAAGUCCCCUUUCCUGGGUUUCUGAGUCAUUCAGACAGGAUAUUUACCCCUUCCAUUCUCCUCGAAUGAAUCCUUGCAAAUCAGUACAUUAUUUCAUCAUGGUUAGUUUCCAUGUUGUAUAGGUUAUGGAGCAGGAUUUUAAUGUGGAAAGUUUUUUUUUAUUUAAAAUAUAUAUAUUCAUUAUGAAAAAUCUGACCGAUUUCUGUAAAAUGGUGGAAAGCAACAAGGAAACGAGCCUGAACCCACAAGAAACUUAUUGACUACCUUUUUCACCCUCUUCCAGGACUGCCUCACAACUAAGCUUAGCUUAUUUCAUGACUAUUCUCAUUUUUGUGUGUGUGUGUGUUGUGUUGUAGGACUUUACCAGUUGUUUAACGUCCAAAAGAAAGAAAUGUCCUUAAGUGAUUUCAAGGAACUUGCCAACAGUGAGAGGUACAAACUAAAUUGAUUUUAAAAAAUAAUAUGGUAAAUGUUGCUUUGUAUUGCUGUGGCUGCUAUUUGUACUAUAAUGAGAACGGAUAAUCACCAAAUUACUUCACAUGAGCCAAGUUGAAAUCAAAUUUAGGCCUGAUCCUUAAGACCCCUAAUUGAACUUGUAGUUAACUCUUAUGUUGUUUUAUUCCUGUUUUAGUCACAAACCACCUACUAAUGAUCCUGAUGAGAUUGAACGGAAGUAUUGGAAAAAUGUAACAUUUAACAAUCCCAUUUAUGCUGCGGAUAUACCAGGAACCAUUUUUGACAAGAAUGUUCAAGAGUGGAACAUAGGAAACUUAGGAACAAUUCUUGACUUGAUAAAACAAGAAUAUGGUGUACAUAUAGAAGGCGUGAAUACUCCUUAUCUGUACUUUGGUAUGUGGAAAGCAUCAUUUGCCUGGCACACUGAAGAUAUGGAUCUCUACAGUAUUAACUAUUUACACUUUGGAGCCCCUAAAACAUGGUAAGAAGUUAUAUUAACUUAAUUAGAUUGAACUGCUUGCAAAUUAGGAGGUGUAUCAGCCUGAGAAUACUUCAGCAUUUCUUGGUGGCAAAACUUGAAUAACAACAAAGAAAACUAUGAGUGUGUGGUUUGACUGUUAACAACUUUGGAACUGCCUAGGAUAGAAAUUGCACUAAGUGGCUUUUCAUUGAAACACUAUUACUGGCGUGCAAAAAUGAGCCACGCAUCGACCAAAACACUUCUUGUCAUGUAAACUUUAAGCAGUACAGUUCUUACAAGGCAAGUCUAUCAGACAUGUAUUGUUCAGACUUGAACGUUUUAAGUAUCUGACUCCAAAGAACAGUGGCUGAAAUCAACUGAAAGAUCUGACAGCAGUACGGUCAAACAUCAUUAACAAAGACACUGAGGGGUCCUAGAAAGUGUCCGUGUUAACAGGUUUUCUAGAGAGAGUGUAAAGGCUUUUUUCCCCAGGGAAAAAGCAAACUGUCCAUAGUAAUGUUAUGAGGUGUUCACAAAGCAGGGUUGGACUGUAUACACACUGGAACCUCUGUUUAGACGAAUGCAUUACCAACUAGCCAUUAGCCAACUUUUGCUAGAUUAGAGGUUAUCUGGAUGAUCCAAUGGAAUUAGAAUUAUUGCACUUUUAAGUCCAAUAUCCUUAGAGCCUUCACAUGAAGACUGAGGGUUACAAGUGAAAAGUAAUGAAUAAUACAUUCAAAUCCAACUGAUAAUUACAUGUAAAUUAUUGUUAUCUGACUUAAGGUAUGCCAUACCUCCUGAACAUGGACAGCGCCUGGAAAGACUAGCUGCUGGUAGGUGUUCAUUAACUCAUCAGCAUUGAAAUGCUCAGAUUGCAAUUCCAAUGAGUGAUCAUUUGCUGAUUAAUGUAUCCAUGCACCUUCCUCCUUAAGCAAAAGGUAGAAUUAAAAAUGGUAUAUAACAAACCAGAACUAAGUUAAAAGGAGACAAGUUACAACAUUUUAAACAGACCCCAGAACUCAAACCUGGUUCACCUCAUUUAAAACAAACUUACCAGACAAUUAUGGCUAUUGUUUUCCCUGCAUGUUAAUACACCCAACUGUGAGUUGUUACAGACCGAGUUUGGUACCUGCCCUAUUGUAUUUCUUAUUUAAUUUUCUCACCCAACAUCUAGUUUCUACAUGUAUUUAUUAUCAUGAAAAAACCUUUUUAGUGACCUUUGAGUAUAUUUCUUGCAGGCUUUUUUCCAGGAAGUUUCCAAAGUUGUUCUCAAUUUCUUCGUCACAAAAUGACCAUUAUCUCUCCACAAGUACUGCGGAAGUUUUCAAUUCCUUAUGACAAGGUAUUAUACAGUCAUUGUCUAUAACGACUGUAAGGAAUUUACCACCUUUAGACAGCUGCCAGAGAACAAGAACCAGGCAACCAAUGACAUUAAAGGCAAAUUCUCUUUAUGAGUUUUCAUUGUGUCAUAAUUUAGUUCUAGUUAAGUAAACACAUCAAAAAGCUCUGGCAAGGGUUUUGUGGUAAAUAAUCCACUUUUCUAAACUGUAAGCCUAAAUUCACACCAUUGCUUAUUUUUGAUAUGGCUGUUUUCAUUUACAGAUCACUCAAGAAGCAGGUCAGUUCAUCAUAACAUUUCCAUAUGGGUAUCACUGUGGUUUCAACAAUGGCUUUAAUUGUGCUGAGUCAACAAAUUUUGCAUCGGAAAGAUGGAUUGAUUAUGGGAAGAGAGCACAAGUGGUAUGUGUGGACUCUGUAACAAUAAACCAUAUUGAUUGUUUCAGUUUAAUGCAAAAUCAGGUGCUAACACAGAUCUAUUAAAAGUUGUCAGUUUUACAGCAUGUACUGUUAAGAAUUUUAAAACCCAGUCAACAGUGGGGGCAGUUUAAUGGGAAACCACAUGGUUUGGAGGGAACUUCAAAACAAAGCCAAAAAUAAUGUUGACAAAUCAGCUUGUAAAUAGCAUGGUUUUGAGAUCACAAGAUUACACAUAGCACUGCCAGCCUUAGUGUGUUAUUUAUCCAUGAUUUAUUCUUUCUUUUUUGGACAGUGUAUGUGUAAAAAAGAUACUGUCAAGAUCUGUAUGGAUGUAUUUGUGAAGACUUAUCAGGUAACUUUAGAAGUGAUUAAAUAGUUAAUCUUUGCAUUAUUUUAUUUACUGCCAAUAAGCCAACCAUCUUUCACCUGAUUUUCACUUUUGGUGUUACAAAUGUGUGGUCCAUAUAUGUGCAGGUUAGUUGUGUACUCUGGUAUGUCCUUAACAGGUUAGAUUAGUAAUGUAUUAUUGCACUUGUGAAGCAACUUAUAAAAGUUUGGGAUCAUUAUGCCUUUCUGGGAAACUGCCCACUUACCCCUCCCCAGCAGUUUCCCAGAAAUGUACAAUGAUCCAAAGUUGAAUUCUCCCUUGCAAACUAAAAGAAUCAAGGAAUAUUUGCUUGGUUAUGUUGGAGUACACUCAAAUAUUGGUAUUGAGUAUGAAGGCUUUUUUGCAGCCAGAUCAGUGGGAAGAGUACAUGAAAAGCAAGCAAAAAGACAACACUGAUAGUGAUGAUGAUGAUGAGGAGGAACAGCAGAUUGAAGCCAGUGAGAAAAGGAAGGAAAUGACAGAUAAAAGCAGGAGGAAAACAAAAUCCAAGAUCAUACAUCUUGAUGAUGAUAUGCCACUCUCAAAAUUGAAAGAAGCACUUCUUGCUAAAAAGUAAGAAGCCAUGUAAAUGUAUUGAUUGAUGUCAAUGAUGCACAAGUUGUUGUGAAGUUUGUACUGAUACUUUUGAUAAUUUUAAAAGAAAGACAAAAUUCUUUUUGAUUUAAUCCUGUCAGCUCAAAGUGAUCACAAAAAUACUAUUCCCCUGAAAAAGAAAAGUCUUACUCCUUGGAUGUUAUAAAAAAUGUAAUGUUGUUUGUUUUGUGAUAGCAGAAAGUUUUUACUGCCAGGAAAGUCAGCAGCAAGCAAGAGACAACCCAUAGUAACAAAAUCCUUCACCCUGCCAAGCAGUGCAGGAAGACGGAAGAAAAUGGAGGAAACUAAACCAGAAAAAGGUUCUGCAUUGUUUAAUUUAGUGAUGUUUGUAAUUUCAUCAAUAUUAAAACAAAUGAGUUGUAGACCCAAUUAUCCCUGUUUUUUUUUUUUUUUUUUUUUUUUUUUUUUUUUUUGGGGGGGGGGGGGGGUAGGGGAACAUAGUAAUUGUGUAUAUGAUACACGUAGCCUUGGUGCUGUUUUUCAAAAAGAUUAUUUUUCUUCAGUCGGUAAUGACCAGGCCAUGGUUUAAUUUUCAGGGCAUAAACGUACUGAAUUACAUAGCAGCAGAUCAAAUAAAAGCUUAGUCAGCAUCCUCAGUGGACUUUGGCAUAAGCAGCUGCCCAAUUUUGAGAUGGAGCAGGCCUUCAAUAUUGUCUUUUCACAGCUUGGGGCUCACUGUUCUGUGUGUAACUACUUCUCAGAAUUGGAGGUGAGCAAUGUCAGCUAAAUUAAGUGAGAAAAGUGUUUGAACUGCUUGAUGUUUUUUGUGACCUCUUAACUGCCAUUAGCAAAGCCCCUUUAUGCAUCUUCUGGGGUGAUUUGCAUUUGAGGUGGAAGUAAAAAAAGUCAUGUCCACUUUUCAUUAUGCAUCCCUGACCAGUGUAGUUGGUGAAUUUUUUCAAGGUCCUCUCUAAAUUACAUAAUUAAAAAUUGUUUUCAGGGACCAUUUCAGAGGGAUAUUUUGACCCAUCUUCGGGAAAAACUUCAUCAACCACUGUCCAGCUUAAUCGCAGGCUUAGCUGACGUCACUUAUGCAACGCAUUCUGUUCCAAGAGUACCAGAGAUAUGUUUCAUGUCUGAUGACUCCUCCCCUGAGAGUAUGAGUUCAUGGCUUGACAUCAUGUUUACUACAGACACAGCUAGUCCUCUACUGCGAUGUGAAGCAUGUCAAGUGCUAGUUCAUGCCAGUAAGUUGCUUUCUUUGCUUUUUCUUUAAAACAAAACAAGGGCAUGCUUUUUAUAACAACUGGUGUUUGGGGGGACUGGAAAUGCUAUAGCCUUUACACUUCCUUCAGCCCAACCAACUCCUGAGGAUUUCUAAUAAUAAGGGGUUAAUUUAUGUCAUUGAUGGUGUCCUUGUCUGUCAGGUUGUUAUGGAGUAAGCAAUAUACCAAGUGAUGGUGGGUGGAGAUGUCAGAGAUGUUCACAACAAGAUCACACUGCUGUUCAAACAAGUGUAAGUAUCGCUCUGCCUAUAUUAAUAGCUUGUCUAAUCAUCAGCUUUCCUUUGGUUCUCUAGUCCUUUUGGCUGCAUUUCCAAACAUCAUAAUCUUACAUUUGGUAAAUGCACUGGCUUCUGGCAAUGAAAAUGCUCCAGCUUAGAAUCUGUAGAAAACUUUGGAAAAUUUGUAAAUGAUAAUAGUGCAGAAAAUCAUGUAGUAGUGACAUCUUCAUCAGACCCUUGAACAACCUAACUAGACCGCCACUAUGGAGAUUCUUUUCCCACUCUCUGUCCAGCAAAAAAUUACCUGACGAAGGAGUCCAAACAAGGCUUACUUUUGCCGUGUAAGGUACUGGGCCUAUAGCAGAGGUUUGUGGUGUGAUGGUUCAUAACAAGAAAAUUUGCACCAUUAUAUUUGAUUGUUUUGCAGUACUGUUCCCUUUGUACCCUAGGGGGAGGAGCUCUCAAGAGAACAACAGACAACAGGUAUAAUAAUUCAAUCAAUUUUGUCCCUGGGACUAGGCUGUGUUCAAAAUGUAUUAUAAAGACAAAGAAAACCCAGUUAUGAAUCUUACUACAUCACUAAUCUUUAUACACACGACACACCUUCUUUCCUCAUGCCCUGUGACAUGUAAGCUAUUCCAACUCUCUGUCAGCUGCUAUUGCUCACAACUUGUCCCAGGAGCCCCAAACAGCUUUUCUCCUUUCUUUUUCCACAGCUUAACCAAAAAAUAUAUUUUCAGGUGCAAGGGCACUGUCUCCUUAUUCUCUUCAGGGAUUUGUUGCCUCUGCUUUAUUUUCACUGCUUUAGUUGAUGCCAGCCUGUGCUUGAUGUCUUGUAUUCCUCUUUUUAGAUGGGCCCAUGUUGGGUGUGCUGUGGCAGUGCCUGAAGUAAUUUUUGUAGAUGUUAAUCUUAGAGAAACAAUUAAUACAAAUCAAGUCAGUUCAGCAAGAAAAAAGCUUGUAAGUAGCCUUUGACUUAACAUACGCCAGUUGUUAAAAAUGCUAGAUUUGUACUAAGGUGGCCUCACUUCUGUUCUUAUUAUGUUCUCUGUUCUGUGGAUACACAGAAGUGCUACUACUGUCGAUCACGUUUGCAGUCCAGCGGAAAAGAUCAAGGUGCAUGCGUGCAGUGCUGUGCGGGAAAGUGUGCGGUUUCCUACCAUGUCACAUGCUUUGUUAUGGCGGGGUUCGGACUGGAAGCAAGUGACUGGCCGCAACCCACUGAAACUUAUUGUGAUAGACAUCAGAAGUCAAGAACUAAAGUGAGUCAUUUAAACUUACCGAUAACAUAGUGAAGUUGUUGUUGUUUUUCCCCUGGAUCUUCCUUUAUUAUCAUCUUCUUUUCAGGGAAAACAACGUGACUUUUCCGUUAUCCAUUCUGGUGAAUCCGUUGUCGCCAAACACAAAAAUGGAAGGUAACUGGAACUUGAUAAAGAUCAGUUUUUGAUGGUCACACCGCCUCUUGCUGACUCCUGACCGUCACUUGUAUGUGUUUCAGAUUUUACCAUGGAGUAGUACGAGAUACAACUUCUGAGGAAUACUACGUGGUAUCAUUCGAUGAUGGAACUUACUGUGACAAUCUUCCUCCAAGUGACAUUGCCGUAAGUUACCGCUCAGUUUGAAUAUAUCAAAUCUGUCAUUCUGUGACAUGCUGGCAAACCCUAACCGCCAUGUUGACUGAGAUGGGUCAUAGCUUGUUUGGUUCUUGUAGAGUCACGAUAGUACAAGAGGGGAUAUUCCUGUAGGAAGCAAAGUACAAGUCAAAUGGGGAGACGAUCAAGAUUUGUUCAUGGCAAGAGUCACUGGUCGAAGGAUUAGCGUUACCUAUCAGGUAAGCACUAGUUUCCAUUUGUUACUUUAUGUAGGAAAAGGGUUGAAAUUCAGGCAAGUGCGGCCAGAAACACUAGAAGUUGUGACCGAACUAUUCUACUUAUAUUACCUUUACUGGUUAGCCAAUAAGAGCGAACGAAACUCAGUCUACUAUGUUACUAUGAGGAUGAAUAAGUCAGGCACCUGCGAUUACCACGUGACUAGGGUUUGGCCUUCAGUAUACAGAGUAAAGUAAUACAAACCUCUCAAGUGAUGGCUCCCAGUUGGCUGUUUGUCUUAAAAGAAGCUUUUAAGGCCAAGGAGUUUUGAAACCGGCGCCACCCACUGACCAAUCAGCGUAGAGUGUGUAACAGUACAUUCAGUUGUUGACUCCUCAAGGUCCGAGGGCUGCUUUCAGGAAUGAAUGAACAUCAUUUCAGACCGAACAUCUCCCGUCGGUGUAUAACAACGAUACGUUCCCACUAAACGUCUUAAACAUUGUUUCGUCAGGUUGAAUUUGAGGACGACUCUUGGCUGAAUGUGCGUCGGGAGGAUGUCUACAAAGCAAACGAAGAGCUUCCGCUAAAAGUACAACAACGACUAGUGAGUAGCAGGCUGUAGUACCAUAACAUUACAGUGUAGUUAUCUUACCCAGUACUAUAUGUUCCUUUGCCAACAUAAUACACUUCAUUACAUUACAGUGUGCUACGUAAAGAAGAACUACUCGAGUGACUUCUCUCCAUUUUGUUUCCUUUUUUUUCAGUCUUCCGCCACGGAAAGAGCAAAUCUGUCUUACUGGGACGACAUUCCUGAACACAACGCCAAGCGACCACGAAAACAAAAUCCGCGAUUUUUGGAGUAAAGAGUUGUACUAUAUUUAAUUUAUUUUGGGGGCUAGUCCCUUACGCAGGCGUUCUUUUCCCUUACCUGCUACAAGCUAUUUUGUUAACAGAAUUACAUCACUGGUCACGCUACCUUCAACCGUAGGGUAAACAUAUUUCUCCUCCAUGAUGUAAAUUUUACACGAUCUUCCUUCCGUAUGAAGUGAAGAUAUUGCUUACUGCCUUUACAGUUUAGAGUUUAAGCUACCAGACAAGCCUGCAUGCAUACUUUGAACUUAGAAUUUAACAUGCCAUGCUUACGUUACCUUGAUAGUGUUUACUUCACCCUCGCCUUGGCAUUGGCGUGACCAUCAAGCGAGACUAACUAUCACACACGGCCGGCUUUUCAAUUCUUCUCAUAAAGUAGCAGCUGAGUAAGACGCUAUUCCGCUGUAAGUUAAGGGAAAAUGCAGCCACCACAAAAAGUAUUUGGUUUACAACUAGAUCAUAAUGGGCUGGCCCAUAG